AGACGGAGACAAACGUCAGUGUCAGUUCAGUUAAAUUUUUCUGCUGCUUUCGGUUUUGUUGUGUUAAAUUAAAAACAACAAACAAAGGAGUGAUCAACUAAGGAAACGCCAUGGUCACUUUGUGAACUUGGAAGUUUAAAACUGGUUCUUGAGGUAUUCAUUCAGUGAAUUGUACAAGUGUUAUUUUGUAAGCGGAAACAAAGACAUCAAGGUUCAAGAAACUAAGUACUAACUAGUACUGAUUACUGAAGGUUUUAGAGUGACUUCACUUGACUAUACGUUUGAUCUGAUGUUCUUAUCCUUAAAGUAGAGUUUCAGUUUUUCUUAAAUUUGAAAUUUCCAAUAUGUUUUCUAUUUUUAAAUAUUUACCUCUUUUAGUUUUAACGUUUAGUUUUAACAAAAGUUAUUGCAAUCUUGCUGAAUUCCAAGCUAAUAUUGAUGGUUUUAUGAAUACGUUUGAUGAAGCAUAUCCAACUGAUAGUCCUACUUCAACUGAUGAGAUCACUGUUGAGAAUGAAUUCUUAUCAGAGUCUUCAGCCCUGGAAGAAAGACCAAAAGAUUAUGAGGAAACUGGUGGUGUCCAAGAGGAGCUAGUGGUGACUGAGACUGUCUUCCAACCAGGCAGUGAAAUCCGACAUGAGGUCAAUGAAGAUCUGAUGAAGAUGGCUACCAGGCUGGUGUCAUCUAUCAGUCCUGACCUGGAGUUGGUUAACAUCACUGAGGCUGUGUCCAUGGUAACAGACAAAGUUGAACGGUCGUUCUCUCUGAGAGUGGCGCAGCGUGACUGUGAAGCAGACUGCAGUAUUGCCUGUCGUGUGGAUGUGGUGAGUCAUGGAGAGGAAGACACUGUCACUUGGCACAACUGUUUAGAGACCAACGAGGUCCCGAGAGCAAAGCGAGGUGCUGUGGGCGGCUUCAAACAGGUGGACCAGGCUGAGGCUCAGGAGUUAGCAGAGAUUGCGGCUCAGACUCUAGACUCCAUUGAUGCUGAUGAUGUGAGGCGAGUUGUCACACAGGUCAUCCGAGCACAGAAACAGUUGGUGAAUGGUAUCUUGUACCACCUCACACUUGAGAUGGCUCAAUCAGACUGCAAGGAAGAUGAAGAGAAAUGUGAAGGAAAGUUGACUGAUUACAACAUUUGUAAGAUUCUGAUGCAACGACUAUUCAGUGGAGAUGCACCUCGUAAUGCACAGGUAAUUAAGUCUGAAUGCAAUCCGAUAUCUAAAGCCAAGGAAUUUGACAACAAAAAGGAAGAAAAAAGAACAAGAAGACAUAUCGUAGCUAUGGAUGGAACUGAGAGCAAUAUGGUCGUCAACCGCAAUCAUGCCAUGUCUAAGAAGAGCUUUUCACAUGAUCGAGUGAUGGGAGGGAAAACAAGACAGGACCCCAAUUCAGUUAAAAUCAAAGAAAUGUCAGACUUUGCUUUGGCAGAAAUCGACAGCUCUUCAAAUUCUCUCAACAAACAAAAGAUUCAUCGUGUUGUUGAAGCUUAUAGCCAGGUUGUUGCCGGAGUAAAAUAUUUGUUAACGUUGGAGCUGGUAGAAACCAACUGUAGGAAGGGCAGUGCUCAAGAGACCAGCACAUGCAGCCCCCUCAACGACAGAGUUUUGCAGCUGUGUGACAUUGUUGUGUGGGAUAAACCUUGGGAAAACUUUCGCAAAGUUACAAAGGUUAACUGCAGCCCAGCGAAUUCUAGAGAAAAAAGGGCCUUGCUGGGAGGAAAGAAGCCUGCUGAUGUGAACAAUGAGAGAGUCAGGGAGAUGGCUCAGUUUGCUGUGGCUCAGUUAGACGCUCAAUCCAACUCCCUCAACUCACAAAAACUCGUAGAAAUAAAAGAAGCUCAAACUCAAGUUGUAGCUGGUUCUAAUUAUUAUUUGAAACUACAACUUGUAGAAACAAACUGCCGCAAGGGAUCUGAAACUAAUGAGGCUUGUAGUAGCUCAUCAAACAAGCCAGUGCAGGAAUGUGAUGUGGUGGUGUAUGACAGACCUUGGGACAAACACAGAGAGAUGACCUCAGCCAACUGCAAGACACUUACUGCAUCCCGCAGACGACGAGCCUUGUUGGGAGGAAAGACGCCUGCUGAUGUGAAUGAUGAGAGAGUCAGGGAGAUGGCUCAGUUUGCUGUGGCUCAGUUGGACGCUCAAUCCAACUCCCUCAACUCACAAAAACUCGUAGAAAUAAAAGAAGCUCAAACUCAAGUUGUUGCUGGUUCUAAUUAUUAUUUGAAACUACAACUUGUAGAAACAAACUGCCGCAAGGGAUCUGAAACUAAUGAGGCUUGUAGUAGCUCAUCAAACAAGCCAGUGCAGGAAUGUGAUGUGGUGGUGUAUGACAGACCUUGGGACAAACACAGAGAGAUGACCUCAGCCAACUGCAAGACACUUACUGCAACCCGCAGACGACGAGAGCAACCCAUUGGAGGAAAUCAUCCAAUUGAAAACGAUUCAGAUGACAUUAUGGAAAUGGCCCAGUAUGCAGUUGAGGACUUGAAUAAAAAAUCUAAUUCCAUCGUUAAAAAGACUUUAGUAGAACUAAUUUCUGCUGAGACUCAGGUUGUCAAUGGAAUAAAUUACCAUCUCAAGCUUAGAGUGGUAGACUCAAACUGCAAGAAAAACGAUGCAAAUGCUAAGAAUUGCAUUCCUAAAGAUAACUCGACACCUCAAGAGUGUGAUGUCACCGUGUGGAGUCAGUUAUGGAAGAACCGGCGCUCAGUUACCAAGUUUAACUGCAAGGAUUCUCCAGACAACAAGGUGCAGAGUGCUGGAGGACUGAGGCAGAUUGACCCGUUGGCACCCGAGGUAUUGAAAGCUGCAAGACUUAGUCUCAAAACCAUUGACAAGAGCUCCAACUCUGUUUAUAAACAUGCCCUCGUCAGAGUCAUUGAUUCCAAAGUUCAGACAGUUGCUGGCAAGAAAUAUUAUUUGACAAUUGAAGUUGGAGAAUCUGAAUGUACGAAAACUAGUCAAGAGGAAAACUGCAGUGUUAAACCAGACAACUCAAUGAUGGACAGAUGCAAUGUCGUUGUGUGGGACAGACCAUGGCUGGAACUGCAAGAGGUUAUCUCUGCCCACUGUGGUAAAUUAAUGAAACGGUCUGUGGAUGCUCAAUAUGAUAUCAACGCUCUCCACGUUUCCAUGUUUGAGGAGUUCAAAAGGAUAUACAACAAGAAUUAUUCUUCUGAAGAAGAACAUCAUAAGCGGCUCCGCAUUUUCCGAGCUAAUCUAAAGAAAAUUCAAACAUUGCAAGACACUGAACAAGGAACUGCAGUUUACGGACCUAACAUGUUUGCUGAUCUAUCAGAGAAUGAGUUCAAGAGGCAGUACUUAGGCCUCAAGACAGGCCCAGCCCCCAGACCCAGCAGGCACCACAUGACUCCUGCAGAGAUCCCAGAUGUCACAUUGCCUGUAGACUUUGACUGGAGGGACCGGGGAGCAGUUACUCCUGUCAAGAAUCAGGGACAAUGUGGGUCAUGCUGGGCUUUCUCAGUGACUGGUAACGUGGAAGGCCAGUGGUUCUUGCGACACGGGAAGCUGCUGUCUCUGUCCGAGCAGGAGUUGGUGGACUGUGACAAGCGAGACGACGGUUGCAUGGGAGGCUACAUGACACAAGCGUACGAGGCUAUAGAGGAGCUCGGCGGACUGGAGACGGAGGACGAGUAUCCUUACGAGGCAGAAAAUGAAAGCUGCAAGUUCAACAAGACAGAGGCUCGUGCUACGGUGACCAGCUCUGUCAACAUCACCACUAACGAGACCCAGAUAGCUCAGUGGCUGUACAAGAACGGACCCAUCUCCAUCGGCAUCAACGCCAACGCCAUGCAGUUCUACAUGGGAGGAGUCUCACACCCUUUAAAGUUCUUGUGCAGCAAGGACCAAUUGGACCACGGAGUGUUGCUGGUUGGUUUUGGAGUACACAAUUACCCUAUGUUUCACAAGUCCCUACCAUUUUGGAUUGUUAAGAACAGUUGGGGCCCCCGGUGGGGAGAACAGGGUUACUACCGAGUCUACCGGGGAGAUGGUACUUGUGGAGUGAACCAGAUGGCUUCAUCUGCGAUUGUGGGCUAAAGUUUAAAAGGAAUCCAGAGCCAACAAUCAAACUACUCUCUUCUGAUUAGGUAGUAAUUUUAGUUUAGCCAUAACAUUCCUCAUUUAUUUAUUUUGAGGGUCUUGUUAAAUUAUGUUAUGAACAAAGUUAUGGUGAUACAAUGUCUUAAAAAACAUUGGACUAUUUUAAUUUUUAUAAAAGAUUAUUUUUAUUUUUUAACGUUUUAACUUUGUAAGCUAUGAGGUUUUUCAGAAUUUAUAUUUUCUUUAUGUGGUAUGGGCUGACCAUACCUGUCAAUUAAGAUUAAAUUAAUUUGAAUGGAUAUCUAGUUGUUCAGUGCCAAAUAUUUAUUUUCAGUUACCAACCCAAUGCAUUUCCAAUUUGUUUAGACAUGAAGUCAUAUAUAGACAUAUUGGAUAUAAGCUCCUUAAGGACACUGACAUUUUUCAAACUUUUGUAAUGUUGUGAAUUGUAGUUUUCUGAUUAUUGAAUUAUAAGCUCUAAAGAUUGUUAAAUUAAUUUAGCUGCUCUGAUGAUUAACAGGCCCGUGGUUAGUAUGUGAUGCACUAUGGGCCCAAGAGGUAGUUGUGCCCCCACCCCAUCAAACAUAAAUAAAAUCAUAAGCAAAAACACGACAGUAACUUUUUUUGCUAACAAUUUUAAUAUUUUUCUCGCCCAAUUUGACAAAAGGAACUGACGUUGGUGAGUAAUGAAAAAAUAACAUAAAAAAUUAAAAGCCUACAAAUAAAGAUAAGGCGGAACAAGUAGCGACAUAAUAUCAUUAACUAUAGAGGUAUAAUAGUCAAUGAUAAUCUGCAGCAGUGGCAGUGAUGAGUCAUGAGUGGGAACCAAAAGUGAGGAGGAUUCUACUGUCACCCAAUUUAAGAUAUAUGUUCAAAUAGAGUCUUUUGCUUGCGCCCCCAUAAAAAAAAAAAAAAAAAAACUCUUGUGCCCCUGUGCCCACCCGGCCCAUUUGUAACUGCAGUACUGAUGAUUGAACAACUGCUUUUAACCUUUAAAUAGAUAACAAUAUUUCAUUCCAGCAUGCUUUUUACACAUCAUGAAAACUUAUUAAAAUUUGACCUACAACUAGAUCUAGCAUGACAAUUUUUUACUUAGUUUCUAGACAUGGAAAUGUAUUUUCCAUUCGUAAUAAUAUAGCCCUACCAUAUGUUGUCGUGAUAACAAUAUGUAAAUGUUUUUGUAAGCUACUUUGUAAAUUAUAUGUAAUAAAUAUUAACUAAGGGUUAA